AUGCCUGGUCUUAUCUACCUGAGGCUUCUGCAGCUAACCAUUCUUCCGCUAAUAUCUUCUAAUCUACUUCUGGGUAAGUCUACUUUCGUCCAAACCUUAACUCAUUAAUAUAUGUACAUACAUGUAUAUCGAUCGUGUUGCGGAGAUAACUCGUCCCGUGGUACCUUAGGGCUCUCUCUGGAGACAAUCAGCAUCCAUACAGCGACGAGUAAUAUAAGCAGAAUAACAACCAACAAAGACAGGGGAGAAAGAAAUGGUCAUUUCUGGCUUAUUAGGCGUCGUCAGCCAGUCGUACCCAACUCUGGAGUGUGGAAAACCUGAGGCUCGGUCGUGCAACCUGUUGGUUAGAAGUCUAACGCCUCUAACCACUGAGCCACGGGCUUGUUGUCCUGUCGGUUGUGAUCUGGAAUAUGCAAUGUUAAUGGGGCGCUCGUCGAUCGUGUUACGGAACUCACUCGUUCCGUUGUGCCUUAGGGGCUCUCUCUCUCGUGCCCAACCAGCAACCGCACAGCGGCGCGUAAUGUAGGCAGAAUAACAUUGCCCAUGUGGUAAAGAAUAAUACCCACGUUCCUUAGUUGAUCUAACGGUGCACUAGCAUCAGUCUCCAUUUGACUGAGUCCUUUUGGAGACCUACAAGAAAGGAAACAACGGUAGUCAAGAUAACAUUCUUCAAGUCCCCAUUGCAUUUUCAUUUGAACUGCCAUAUUGGCUGUGCAUUCCUACCGCGUGAAAUGCACACUCUCCAUGGAAAUCGAAUAUAUUUUUUCUAAAUUUUGACGGGAAUAGGUUCUUCGGGAAACUUGACAUGCGUUAUUUCCUGAAAUUUUGACGUCGAUUCCCCAGGCCGCCGACGGACUUGUAACAGACGCUCAAAGCAAUCAGUACUUUUGGUGUAAAUGAAAAAUCGAUACUGCUCCGUCAUUCCUACCAAUAAUAUAUUGCCUAUGUUGGCAUCCUGUCCUGAUUGGCCAUCGCUUUUGCCACUGUUCAUCGAGACUAUUGCAUACGGCGUCCGACUUGAUGUGCCGAUCAAUGUACGAGUCAUCGGAGCCUAUGGCCUCCAGAACGCCUCAACAUCCCUUAGACGAACAGACACCAACAAUACUUAUUUUACCCAAGAAAAUUUGUGUCAAGCUUCCGGCGUAUGCAUGGUGACUUGGGACCAGUGGUCUUGUCACUAUGUUGCCAACUGAUGUUCGCGCAUGUGUGCUACCUUUGACUUUGCUUUCUAAUGACUGGCUCCAUUUAUUGAAACUGGUUCUUCACCCCAUCGCCUCGCUUUUAGUCAUUGCGGGUUUGGAUCCGAAGAAGAACGGAAGGCUUGGAACCAUCGGCAUUUUAUACGUCAUUCUCCUAAAUCUCGUCAGCGCUAUCAUUGGAACGGCGUGCGCAGCUAUCAUAAGACCCGGUAGGCUUUUGUAUUUCGUGCAUAAUAAUCAAAACAUUUCAACGUGUUUCUCGAGGCUAUAAGAUUUUACUUUGUUUUUAACUGUUCAGCCUCCUGAGUAAAGUAUGGUGCCGGUGAAUCGUGGAACACGGUGGUAUUUGACAUGCGAAGAUGGGCCUUCCAACUCGGUGGGCCUCUCCAAACACAUGCAGCUCUGUUCGUCCUAAAUUUUCCUCGCAAUUGGAAAGCGGUUGUUUUGAGAAGAUAGGGUGAGGUAGACGCAGUCAAAGUCCGCAUCACUAUAAACUAAUUUAUGCGGAUAUCAAGACUGCAUCCACUCUGUGAAACGGUGGGGAAUAUCUCCCCUUUCGGCAGUUGAACUAUCGUAUAGUACUGUGUGCGCGUCCAUCAGUCUCAGUUAGAAUUCUGUGCCAACGCUAAGCAAAGGCGAAGGCCUGACAAUCACCUGAAGCUUUAAUUUGUAGUUCGGUCCUCCAGCUAGUACAAGAGUCCAGCUCGGGGCAGUGUACGCAAGUAGCGGAUUGGUAUACCUGUUGAGUCCCGUCCGUUUUGAUAUCGUCCCCAGUACAAGCAUCUUUGUGGUCUACCGCCCGGGUUUCACGCCACAGUAUUUGACCUAACUGUCACGGCAAAUAAACUAAUAGGUAUUGCGACUACUUGCAUGCUCAGAGCUGCUCAGUAUGUAACCUCAGGAUGUGAAGAAUUUUGGCUUCAAGUUGCUGUCUGGUUCCAAGGGCCUUAGUAGACCUUUGUGGGUAUAUGGAAACAUUUUAAACGGUGUAGAUUUCGAUCAAGACUCCCACUCAGCGACGUUUGCUCACCAAACUUCGAUACUUGGGACAAUCGCUUCCCGGCCUUACGUUCCUUCCAAUUCCUUAUAUUCUGCCAACAUUUAUGCGAGUAAGUUGUAGGCUUAAGAGUUUCUCCAACCCACCCUGCCCUGGUUCAAACUUCGGGAGUGCCAGCAUAUCACUGAAUAAAGUCGAUUAGGAGGUCAGAAGUGGUCCUUCCGGCAUCUAUAGUCUCGCUUUUUCAUGAGCAUACGCCCAGACGGCGCCAUAAACCAGCACAUACAAGCACAACCAACAGUUCGACUCACGAUCCCGACGAUGUCCACCAUGUGCUUCAGAGUAGGGUGGGGGGAGAAGAGACGGUGACAUGCUCAUGAACUAGUGAUGGUAAUAGUAGACUUGCGCUGUAUCCACACACACACUCUCCUCCUCACGAACCUGGGUCCGGUGUCAAAAAGAAGUCAAGAAGACCGACGGUGCGAUAGGUUUCAGGUGGCUGGCGCGGCCUGAAUCCGUACUUAGGCGUGCCGCCACACACCCUGACCUGCACACAAAGGGCCAGGAUUUCACACAUUAAGGAGGAGCGGGGGCUCGGAUUCCAAGCGGGUGGGUACCAUAUCGGCCACCCUAGGGAGGGGCUGUUGGUGCCUGCUUCUCAGUCCUGGCAGGAUGACCGGCUUAUCCCGUCAGUUGGCAGCCUUCCAAGCCACCGCCUUUAGCUCACUUUGAUUGAUUCUAUAGGAGUCAAAACGUACUCAAGGAGACCGGAGGCGGGGGGGGGCGCAGGUGAUUGGCACGGCAAAUACCCCUACACCUAGGCGCGUGCCACCACAUCGGCUAGGAUCACACUGGGAUGGAGGGCCAUAGAGGCCCCAUUAAGGAGCUAUAGCAGCCUUUCCCUUAGUCCAACAGUCGGUCACUCCAUACAAGCACACAGCAGGUUGGCUGCGAGGCCCGAGUUAUCUCGUCAGUUAACAAACUUUCAAGUCACGGCCUCUGGCCCACCGUGAUGGAUUCUAGCGAUUCAGACUGUUUAUAGUGAGGAAUAUGCGCUGAGAGGGACGAGCUCACCCUCUCUCACCCCCUCCUAAACAUCAAUCCACUCCGAGCCGGUCAGUUGGCGCGGAAAUUAGGGACAGUGGUUGACAGAGCUGAAAACGGCCCGUCUGUAUGUCCCAUAUACAUGACCUGGUCUCCUUCAUCACACAUCGGGACUUCACCCAAAUUGAGUUGAGCGUCUCGGAACUCACGUGCGUCCGAGUGCCAUGUAGACCACAUUAAAUAGGAGCCAUUGAAGCUUGACUCUCGGUCCACCAGUUGAUCCCUCCACACAAACACACAAUGGGUUGCCUGUAAGGUCUGAAUUGAAUCGUCAGCUGGCGGUCUCCUAACACGCACAACCGCCCCGAAGAUGGCUCAAAAGGGAAGUUUGAUCGAUGACUUAGCUGCAUCCUCGAACCGAAGCGUUGUUCGUGUCUCUCAAUCAUUCAUCUUUCUCAAGUUUCAGUCGUUUAGUUGGUUACAAUCACUCGCUCUGUCUAAUUUAAGAGGCACUACUCUGCCCAGCAUAUCGAAAUGACACGUAUCUUUUGGAUCAAAGUGGGGAAGUAAGGCAAACUUACUCUGCGUCUUUCUCACUGAUUCUCUUCGUAGAUCCGUUGAGUCCCAGUGGAGGCUGCAAGUCAAUGCGAUUGGAGAAAGGUUUGGAAGACUAUGUCUUCGUAAGCGAAAGAACAUAUCGUUCCGGUCCGGCAUCUGACAGCCGCAAUUCUGCGAAGACGACCACCAGAGUUGUUCUGAAGAUGAAUACAAAAGGCGGAGAGUGGUAUACACUUGAAGUCUUUGGUUUUCAAUCCUCUUUAUAACAUAGGAUUCGCAAACAGUAACGCCAUCAAAAGCAGCGCAAGUGAAGCUCUAGAAGCUAAGAGGCUUUCACAAGUUUGUUAAGCGGGGAACUCGAGGAUUUUAAUGACUGUCUGUGCUCAGACUCGGGACUCCAGACUGACAGUGGUUGGUUCGUACUAUUACAGUCACUAAAAAACGCAAUAACCAUCUAUCGCAGUACUUUAUCUGCCCUCUGUGCGUAUAAUUUAUCCAUCGAAACAUUUUUUGCUUCAGGUGACAGGAUACUGGGCAAACUGAGCUCUACUGUUGUACUUCCUUCUGUGGCUGGUCUCACAGCGUCAGAUGUCUUCGUCGACAUUUUACAGUAA